AACAACAACCCCAGCAGGAUACUGGCGUGCUUGUAUCAUGUGUAUAGCAUUUGGAAUCCGGCCAGGUCUCUCAGAGGGCCAGCCUGUGAAGGUGGUAAAUAGAGCCAACAGAGCGAAAUCAUCUCGACCAUGACAAUCCCAAAGUUCGCCUUCAGGUCCAUUGCUUGCAGUGACUAUCCAACGCACCUUGCUUGCCUCGACAUCAUUGUCGAUCCACAACGCGGAAUUACUCUCCGACUAGUCGCAACCAAGCCCGAUCCUUAGGCCUAUAGGGCAAGCUACGGCAUUAACUAGGGCGAGCCGCCCAUUAAUUCCACCUACUUUGCAGCCCAAUUCCUUCGUUCCUCCCGUCAAUUCCCUUUCUUGCCUGCGUAAUUGUCCCUCAACAUGCACUCUUUAAUACAUCUUGCGACUAUCCUCACUCUCUCGUCGCGGACCCUUUCGGAUUGUUUCUUCCCCAAUGGCGACCGGUCAUUCUCCGAUACAAUAUGUAACCCUGACGCACUGGUAUCUUCAUGUUGCUAUGAUAAUCAAGCAUGUCUUUCCAACGGACUGUGUGUGAGCGACCCUCUGGACGCACAAAAAGCCAGAAUCCACAGAGGCACCUGCAGUGACAAGACAUGGAAAAGUGGGAAUUGCCCCCGAUCUUGCUUGAGUGUCGAGGACAACGGCGCACCUGUAUAUCCUUGCAACCAAACUGGCACGGAUUCCUACUGCUGCUUCGACAAUUGCAAAUGCAAUGAUGACACUUUCGAGACCUUCAAGUUUCCGGAUCUUGACGUCUACACUGUCACCAUUAUUGGCGCAGCUUUCACCCAAACACAUCAAUCGUCGACCUCAUCCUCUUCUACCCCAUCCUCUUCGACCGUUGCAUCGAUCUCGACUCAUGACGCACCCGUACCAGUCGCAACCUCAGCCUCAAAUCCCGUAGAAGCCUCCAACCUCCCUCUCAGCAGCGACGCCGCGGCUGCCCCGACAUCUUCAGGCGAGCCAUCACAAUCCACGUCAUCCGUCACCAUUGGAGUGGGAGUGGGAGUCAGCGUUGGAGCGGCUCUCCUGCUCGGCGCCGGCGCAUUCUUCUUCUUCUGGAGAAGAGGGAAGAACAAGGAACAGCAGCAACAACAACAGCAGCACGACCACCACCACCAAAAUUUCGCCAACAACCCUUACGCAAACGAUACAGCGGCCAGCACCCACGGGAUCCCGAACUACUCGGAAAUGGACAACAACGAGGCUCCUGUGCCCUACUUCCCCACGCAGAAAUAUGCCCACUAUGCUUCGGAAAGCCCGGUCGCACCAUCCCAAAGAUCAAUCAACGAUGAGCACCUUUUCAACACCCCACCCGUCGAGCUGGCUUCGAACCCGCGAUCAGACCCCGUCGAGCUCCCCGCAAGCCCAUCGUAUAACUCCAAGAUGGAGAAGAAGAGGCCGUUUUGA